UUUACCUUUCCAUUUCAGUGCAACGACUUUCAAUUUUUAAUCAAAAUAUACAAUCAUAGUCUGAACUUCUAUUCCUGUUCACAACUUUUCUUUGGGUCUCGAAAUUAUUGCCACUGCAAGAAGAUCAAAGAUGUUCCUGAAAUCAUUUGUCUGAUAUACAAAAGACGAGACGUUUUUGGUGUUAUUAUCAAAAAUUUCUCAUCGAUUCAUGGAGUCCAAGACGGGAAGUUUGGACGCCCCGCUGCAAGCGAUUGGCUUCGAAGUUGAAGAAUUGUCCCCCCAGAAGGUCACUGGUCGCCUUCUUGUUACCAACAAGUGCGUUCAGCCAUUCAAGGUGUUGCACGGCGGAGUAUCGGCUCUGAUAUCGGAGGCUUUGGCCAGCAUGGGGGCCCAUAUGGCAUCCGGAUUUCGAAGGGUAGCUGGGAUUCACCUUAGCAUCAGCCAUCUGAAGCGCGCCGAGCUUGGCGACCUUAUCCUCGCCGAAGCUGCUCCUCUCAGUGUUGGCAAAACCAUUCAGGUAUGGGAGGUGCAACUCUGGAAGGUUGACCCUUCAAAUACUGAGAGUAAAUCUCUAGUUUCAUCAUCCAGGGUUACUCUUCUAUGCAAUAUGCCUGUUCCCGAGCAUGCAAAAGAUGCUGCAGACAACCUCAAAAACUUACAGCCGGGUGGAGCAAGAAGGAGGAGACAUGUGCAGUUGCAGUGGUAGAUCACAAAGAGAAAAGAAGAAAUUUGAAAAAAAAUUAUAUUCAUGUCUAUUUGGACACUAUGAAUAAGGUGCUAUGCAUUAUACUGCAGGGGGGAAUCAUCCAGACAGCAACAAGGGCAACCUGGCCAACCCCAAGAUGCACAAGGUGAUACAGAAGAGUAGCAAGAAAGGGGACAACAUCAAGUUCUUCGACCGAGACGACAUAUUCGAAGACCUGGUUAUAGCACAUGACUAAUUUAAAUAUUUAUUUUCAUUUGUAUAAUAAUUAUGAAUACUUGUCUUAAUUUAUAUCUUGCUUUAAGCCAAUUACUCGUAUGACAUGUUAAUAAACAUUUUUUAUAUUUUUUUUAA